CGUGACCCCACCCCAUUUCUUGGCUGCUGGUGUAAUCAAAUGCUAAUCUCUCGGAAAACCCUCGAAACCAGGACCAAUAGCAACCAAUACACCCGUGUUUAUUGGAAGGAGGGGUGGCCGGUAUACUCAAAAUUGACUGUCCAUUAAAAAGUGUCAUUGAGGCACAAUCCGGAGACGGACAAGUGAGACGUUUCUAAAAAGUGGGAACCAUGCAAGUAUCUCAGGGUACGAGGGCUGUAUACGACGGACCUCCCGGGAAAACAGAUGCCGCUAAGGGGCCGCUUAAUUUCCCCCUGUCGUCGUCUCACUUCAUUGACAGUAUCCUGAGCAAAGCGAGCAGCGCUGUUGGGAAAAACAAGGGGACUCAUGGAGACAUGGUUGAAGCGGGUGAUCUCAAUGGGCCAGAAUCCAUUAAAACUAUGGAAUGCCCGUCAGAUGUGAAGAUGACGUUCCUUCAUCAGGACCACGGAAGGGAAGGUCGAAAACAUUCUGGGCUGCACUCGGAAAGCAUCAUCCGAGAGAUGGAGACCCUGUACUCAAAUUACAUCAAGUCCCAUCAGAUGUGCUAUUCCUUGAAUCCGAGGUCCCACGACGGAAAGUUACAUAGCCAGCCGCCCUCCCUGCAGACCGGGGAGCUCACAUCGCCUAAAGAUGUUGAUUUAAAAGAAAUGCCUGGAAACUUGACUCAAGAAAAUCUGAGGGAGGAAACCGAAAAAGAUACUUCAGAGCGUCACCGGGUGAUGAAGUGCAUCUCUCCGGGCCGCUACAGCAGUUCAUCACUGAAAAGGAAGCAGCGUCGGUACAGAACCACAUUCACAAACUUUCAAUUAGAAGAACUUGAAAGAGCUUUCAGAAAAUCGCACUACCCCGAUGUUUUUUCCAGAGAGGAACUAGCAAUGCGCCUUGAUCUGACUGAGGCACGAGUUCAGGUGUGGUUUCAAAACCGUCGGGCUAAGUGGCGCAAAAGGGAGAAAGUUGGCGUGCUGGGCAGUGUCCCUGGGUUGACUAUGGCCAGUCCCCUGGGGAUGUACCUGGACGUUCCCUUGACACAGACCUCAGCUCUGGAUCCCUGCUGGGGCUCCACUGGAGUCCCACCUUUUGGAAUUCCGCAGACAGCUCCUGUGUUCAGUCCCACUUCCCUGGGUAACCUGGGCAUCAGUACCUUAACCUGGGCCUCGCUGUUCAGACAUCCCCUCCUCAACCCGCAUUUCAACAGGUUCUUCACUACCAUGAGUCCUCUGGUUAAUACGAUGGGUUUAAUAGCAAAGUCUCCAGCACAGCCGUUCGAUCUCUCUGCCAUUGCUUUGAAUGACCCCGUCACAAGGGAGAGAAAAACCAGCAGCAUUGCAACACUGAGGCUCAAAGCAAAGGAGCAUUCUGCCCAGAUACCCCAGCUUGAUACCUAAUCCUGUCAUCCAAAGGGAAAAUAAAUAAAUAAAUAAAUAAAUAAAAGGAGUACCUACUGUCACUGUGAAAUACUAACUUGAGGGGGGAAAAAGGUGCAAGUUGAAAGAAAGCAAGAUGCCUAAUUAAAAUCUUAAUCUGGAAGCAGAAAACAAUUUCGGAUAAUAUUAUUAGCUGUGGACUGGGCACUGGAGCUUCCCAAGGCACUGUACUGCCGAUACAGUCUGUAAAGGUUUUCUUUCUGGGCGAAUUUGACAGUGCAUCCUCCUAAGUUAUAGCUGCUCAGGUUUAAUUACUAAAUCACAAAAAGAAGGAGAAAAGAAUACACCCCCACAGAUUAUAGAGGUGCUGUCUAAUAUAACAAGUGAUGAAAAUAGUAGAAUCAGCCUGGCACACUCUCUGAGUGCUGGGGGCAAGGCUUGAGGUUGAUUACAUAUAUAUAUAAUUGUUUAUAAAUAAGUUUAUAAAUAGUUCCGUAGUAGAGAGAGUGCCAGGUUGAAUCUACUAUUACUAAAUCCAAAUCGAAACAAUUUGGGCAUUUUCAGCAGAAUAGUGAGAUCCACUAGUUUCAGAUUUCCUAAAACAAUGUAAAAUCCCUCCCUUUCUCAUAAAAUUGAAAGUAAAAACCAUUUGGGGAUACUUACACAUUGUCUUUCAGAAAACAGUUGCAUUUAAAUGAGAAAAUAUUUGUAUAA